GACAGUAAAUUUAGAUGCCUUUAGCAUUCGUUUACAACCAGAAAGUUUUUAAUAUCGUAUCAAACAUUCAAAUAUAUUAAAUACGAAAAAAUGUUUCCCGCUGGUUUGUUUGCCCGUACACAAACCGUAAAUCUAAAUUACGCACUAUGUUCUAAUAGACGUUACUCAGAGACGAAGAGCAGCUUGCCGAAUGUCUUCUUGUUGGGCGGCGGAUUAGGAAAGAUGCAAGGUGGCAUAAAGGAAGAGGAAUAUUUUAGCUCAGUCAAUCAAGGACUGAUGUGCAACAUACGCAAGCACAUCGAAACAUCUAAGAAUGCGGACCAUUUACGCAAAUGGGAGGAAUACCAACGAACACUAGAUCACGCAGCCCUCUAUAAUACCACAUGUAUGAACAAAUACAAGGACCUACACGAAGAGGCCUUCUUCAUGAACGAGAGCACCGAAUGCUUAAAGGCCCUGCAUAAUCGCGAAAAGGACAAUGACUCCGGCGAUGAGGAGCCUUAGACUGCAGUUAAAUCUGCAAUCUAGUUUAUAAAUCGUAUAUACAACCGAUGUGGACACUUGAAUAGUUUUUUUUUGUUACUUAAAUUUCGUUAUCUCUGCUCAAUUCAAAAACAAAACCGGUUACUAUUCAAAUUAAAUUAAAUUCGGACCGUUAUAGUCAUUAGUGAUUGAGACAAGUUGGCAUCCUCGACAAUGCAAUGGAAAACAAAACUAAAAUAACGAACGCGCAGCUGAGUUUUUCAUAAUACCUUGAAAUAAAGAGCAUUAUUCAUCA